AUGGCACCGGCACCAGUGGCCUUUUGCGGCGUUGCGGCACCGAGCGAAGCUCGUGGCAGCGCCUUGGAGCGAUGCCUUAUUUGUUGCGAAGAGCGACCCAAGUAUGUGGCUGUGGGCCACUGUGGGCAUGCGGAAGUCUGCUGGAUCUGCAUCAUCAGGCUUCGCACCCUCAUGAAGGACAUCAACUGUCCGGUCUGCAAAGUACCCAUCACAGAGAUGGCAAUCACACCAGAUGGUCGAGUACCGGCACGAAAUGCUCUCAAAGAUGACAAGCUUGGACUCGUUUACAGUAGCGCCUCCGUGCGCGAAGACGUAGAAGGAUUGUUCGAUUACCGCUGCUGGCAGAGAAGCUGCGUGGAGAAGGACGAGUGCUUCCCUACCCUGGAGGCUCUUCAACGCCACGUAGAGCAAGUGCAUCGACGUCGCUUUUGUUCGACAUGUUUGCGAGGACGCAAAGCCUUCCUCUUUGAGCAACUGCUCUACUCACCGGAUGACCUGCGAAGACAUCACGAAGACGGGGACACACCAAGCACUGUGGGUCCCAACUUGCCAACGUGUCCAUCUCAUGCCUCUUGUGCUUUUUGCAAGACAAGUUUCUACUCAGAGGAGGAUCUGUUGGAGCACAUGCAGAUGAAACAUCAGCCCUGCGGCUUAUGCGAAAAGCUGGGCAGAAAAGGCGAAUACUACUACGACUACAACCACCUGUCCUUACAUUACGAGGAGGACCACUAUGUAUGCAAGCACGAGAAAUGCCAACGGGGCUCCCUACGCCUGGUUGCCUUCAACACAGAAGACGAGUUGUGGCUGCACGAGGUGAAGGCACACUCCGUCAAAAUGUCACAGAAAGCCCGCAGACGAAUCGGGGAUGAAGGCACCACCGUGAACAUCUCGAUGGGCGCCACAUCUUACCGCGAGGAGGCUCCUGCGCCCAAAGCGAAGGCGAAGGCGAAGGCGAAAUCCAAGGCGACGAGUGAUCGCUGGGCUGUGGAGCUGGCCGAAGCCGAGGCCUGCGGCGGGACGGUCCACUUCAUGCGCCCAAGAGGGACGCCGAAGGCGCCGCAGGAGGGCGACUGGCCAAAGCUGCCUGAGGGUCCUGGGAGUUCGAGCAUCGAUGAUGAACUGGAGACGAGGUAUCCUCCGCGUGCAGUGCCGAAGCCUCGAGCCAAAGCAAAAGCCUCGGCAAAGACCGACAGGCAGGCCACAGCACCAGCGCCGCCAGUGCCAGCGACUGCCACGAGAGCAGCCGCACCGCACCCGGUGCAGAACAGAGAGAGCGAGGCUCAUGCGGCUUUGGCACGAGUCCUUUCUGUCGCCGUUCAGCGCAUUGACCAGACUGGAAUCGACCAAGUUGUCGGUCUGGAUCAAGAGGAGUAUCGGGCAAAGAAUCGACGCUUCAAGCGCGACCUGGAGGAACAACUUGGUCCAGCAGAGCUAACACGCUUCAAGGAGUGCUCAAUGCAAUAUCGCGAGUCGCUCCGGGAUGGUGCCGGUCCGAGAGCAGCAGAGACCUACGCUCAGAGGGUGGUCGAGGUCUUCAUCGCGACUUUGGCACGCUCCG